GUCUCAUUUUAUAUUCGAGCACUUCUUAUGCAGUCCUACAAACACUUUUGUUUCUGUAAAAGGAGACAAAUAUUAUUUCUUACUGUCUCCUUAUAUUUUACUUACAUAAAGGUUGAAUCGCAAUUUAAGUACAAGGAAACGAAGGAAAGAAGGGGGAGGUGAGGGAAUACGCCCUGAAUUCAAAUUCCCGUUUCAGGGGUCGAUCAAAUAAGUACCAGUUGAACACUGGGGGUCAAUUUAAUCGACUUAAGCCCCCUUCACCAAAAUUGCUGCCCUUGUGGCAAAAUUUGAAACAUAUAUUAAAUGUUUCAGUUUCUAACAUUUAAUAUGUUGUUGAAUAUCAAAAUAUUUUCAAUGACUUCAUAAAAGAAAAGAAACAAAUAAAGAAGAAAAAAAGAGAAAAAAGGAAAGAAAAAGAAAGAAAGAAAAAGCACUAUUAUUUAUAGCAUCGUAAUAUUAUGACUUCCUAUUUCAUGUUCGGUUGGCCUCAAUAUGUAAAGCAUCAUGUUAUAACCCGAAACCGAUCUAACGUUGAGGAAAUAUUUGAAUCAAAUUUAAAAGUGCUGAAUUUCUUUUUGGCUUUGCUUAGCUGAAAAUGAACAAACUAAACUCCAUUAUAACGAGAGUUCCACCGCUAAGAAAGAAACUACAAUAUCAGUUUCUGUUAUUGAUUUUGUUCUGUCUUAUGCUUGUUCUUAUACUCUCCAAUAAUACGACAUUGUUCCAUAGCGACCAGCCUCAUAAAGAAAUGCAUUGCUUCCCACAAGAAUAUAUAAUAUUUAUUAAGGUCCAUAAAGCUGGAAGUACAACAGUAAUGAACAUUCUCCAAACUUUUGGAUUAAAGCGGAAGUUGAACUUUAUACUACCAAAAGAGAACAACUAUUUAAGCCAUGAAAAAUGGUCCUAUCCAUCUUACAAUAAGACAUUUAAUUCUCGAAUUUUAAUGCCACCAAACAACGAAGCAGUUCAUAUUCUGUGCAACCACAUUGUGUAUAGCUAUAAAGUUUUCAAUGCAAUAUUGUCUGGCCGCCAUCUCGCCAAAAAACGAACUUCUCAGUUUCGAAAAAUCAUACAGGGUGGCUAUGGAGAAUCGGAUAGUUUACAGCAACUGAGUGCACAUAUCUAUGACUUCAAUCCGUUUCAGAAGGAUGGCACAAAAUACUACAGCAGUGACAAGAGUUCAUGCGAUCAGAAUUUCGAUAAAGCAAGAAACCACAAGAAAUUGUUUCACGAAAGGAAAAGUAAUUUGUCGGAAAGAAACGAUUAUUUUUAUUUUACGAUACUAAGAGAACCCCUUCAGCAAGUCAUUUCCGCUGUUUUUUAUUAUGAUAUGUUCCCCAAAGUAGCCUACAAUAAAUUAAUGAAAAAAAUACUGAGCAACCCAAACCCUUACAGUCAAAACCGAAUGUCGUUCGACCUUGGUUUAGACAGCAAAGAUUUCUACAACGUAACGAGCAUCGAUCAGUUUAUCACUGAUAUUGAUCGCGAUUUUGAUUUGAUCUUGUUGAUGGAAUAUUUCGAUGAAUCUAUGAUUCUUCUACGUCGCUGGUUAUGCUGGGACAUGUCAGAUAUAAUGUAUAUAAAGAAAAACUCUGGUUAUAGCAAAACGUUUGUUACAAUCAAUUAUGAGCAGCGGCAGUUUUUCCGGUAUAAUUAUUCGCUUGCAGACAGCAGACUCUACGAAUACUUUUACAAGAAAUUCUGGUGUAAAGUUAUUGAAGAAGGACCUAAAUUUUGGGAUGAAGUUCUUCACUUCAAAUCAAUUCAAAAAACGAUCAGUAAACUGACAUUUGACUUUUCGAAGAAGACUUCUGAAGUAACUAGUAGCGACAUCUCUUGGAAACGGACAGAAUUUAGCAUCGUGGUGUAAUCAAGUAGCCGCAGAAAAAGGGCUCGGCCCCCAGCGACAUUCAUGCUGACAUUGUUGCUACUUUUGCGGAUGAUGCUCCAGCUUUAUCACCAGAGCAAUUUAGGAGGGGCAGUGAAUUUAGGAGGAGAAGAGGAACUCUUGGAAAUGACGCAAGGUCUGGACGACCUCCAACUGCUACCACCACGUGUUUAUUGCAUGAUGAUGGAUGACAGACGAUUGACUAUAAAUCAAAUAGUUAAUGCUACUAGCAUAUCCUGAGAGUUGAGAAUAUUCUGCACAAUAAGUUUAGUAUGACAUAGAUUUUUGCUCAGUGGAAGCCACGUCUUCUAUCACCUGAUCAAAAGCGUUCCAGGCUGAUCGCACCACGGGGAAAUCUGACAUUAUUUGAGGUAGAUCUAACUGGUUUCGUUGAACGUUUCCACAUCCAGGAUAAGUGUUCGGUUCAUCACUUUGAGCCAGAGACAAACAGGCAAACUAUGCCGUGGAUUGAAAUAUGAGGAUUCUUUGUUCGAGUUCAUUCUAGAACGAUGGACACAUCAAGAAAUAUGACAACUGAUGUUAAAUCGAUCAAAACGUUGUGUAGAGAAAAAUAUUACAAAUAUGCGUGUCUAAACAUAAGGCUAAGAGUACAAAAUAAUUAAAAGAUAAUAACAACAAGUCUUUUGGAUCAUUUGAAUAUUUAAUUAACAAAGAAAUUGUUUUGAUGUUUUCCGAGGAGGAAUCCUUUAUAAAUUCGGAAUGUGAUUUCUACAUGCGGUAAUUAUCUUAUUAAAUGAUACUUACUAAUUGCUUUUAUAAUACCUCUGUUGUUGACUACGUGUCAACAUAAUGUAUAAAUCGAAAAAUCUUAGUUAAUUAAAAUUAUCAUUGAAGUGAGAAGGGAAACAUAGGUUGAUUGGCUUAAAAUCAAUAAUAUCUGAUCGAGGCAAUUUAAUUAAGUAAUUAAAGUUUGUAUUACGAGUGUAGGGACGAAAUAACUGUUUCUAAUUUAGGCACAAGGCAAGCAAUGUUGCAGAAAGGAGUUUGUAGAUACAAUUACCCCCACCCCACUCCACCAAUACUCGACCAAUAUUUUAUUUUAUAAACUUCAAUGUUGGCACUCCGUCGCUUACGACGUCGAGGGUUCCAGUUGAUCCGAUCAACGGAACAGCCUGCUCGUGAAAUUAACGUGCAAGUGGCUGAGCACUUCACAGACACGUGUACCCUUAAUUUAUCUUUUACUUGUCUUAGUCCUUAGACUGCGGACAUGUUGCGGAAAUGUCUCGAAAUGAUACUGGGAUUGAUAAAUAUAUAUAUGUAUAUAUAUGUACACUGCAUCACCCACUUUACAAACUAAACGAAAAUCUUAUGUACGUUAGCCGCAACUCGAAUCACGCAAGAUGUAUUAUAAACUCGAAAGUCAAAGGGUUAUCAAUUAAAAGAUCGAUAAUAAAUAAAUGUAUAUAAGCAUAACCCAUUAUUUGUGUCUACACACACACAUAUAUAUGUAUAUGUAUAUAUACACAUAUAUAGGUGUGUGUGUCUGUGUAUGUGUGUAUAAAUAUAUAUACACUAGUAAAUGGACAAACGAAAGUAAAUGGAACGCAAUACAUUUGGUAGGAACAAGAUGUAUUCUUAAAUAACAGUUUGUCUAGAUUCAUGUGACUGAAAAUUUCGUGAGAUCGUUGGACGAUCCCAUCUCUAGAUAUCUGACGAGAAGGGUCAAACUAUUAUAUCAUUAAGUUGACAAUAUACUACAACUUUAUCGCUCCACUACUGCUUAAAUCUCUCUGAGAGAUUUAGAAAUAUUAUAUUUCUAAUUUUGCUGAUCAGUGAAUAAACUUCUCUAUGAUUUAUAUAAGUUUGCGAAGGCGAAACAGGCCUCCCUAUCCAGCCGCUAAUCUACUUCCGGCUCGUCGUACUGCUUUGAAUUGCUUCUGCCUAGUUUAGUGAGUUGUUUCUGUCCUUUUUGUUGCUGUUUGGUGUGAUUUUUGUCAAGUUUCAACUGUUGUUCCUGUGGAAUUGCGCCCUGCGGGGCAAAAAAUUUCUUUUUUGCUGCUCUCUUUUAGAGAGAUAGCAAACUACCAUCGUGUAAAACGAAAACUUUUUCAAUAUGGAUAACGAAAUGACCUUUCUACUGUGUGAUGAGGACUUUCCUCUUUUACAAGAAGAAAUUUGUUUCAAUAAUACACAAGUAUUUCAAGUAGACCCAGAAGUAACCAAGGA